AUGGAACAGUUCUCACUUCGUGGACAUCAUGCUCUCGUCACCGGCGGGAAUCAAGGCAUAGGGCUGGCUUUGGCCAUUGGCCUUGCUCAAGCCGGGGCGGAUGUGGCCGUCUUUGACCUAUCGACGCCUUCGCCAGAGUUCGACAGCAUCUCCACCUCAUAUGGCGUCCGCACGACAUACCGGAAGGUCGACGUCUCGUGUGUGGCCGCCCUGAAGGAAGCAUUUGAGGAUACGAUCAAACCGUUCUGUGGAGAGGGCGGGCUGGAUAUCUGCGUUGCCGCCGCGGGCAUCAACCAGAUCAAAGACUUCCUCGUCACGGAAGAAAGCGAUUUUGACAAGUUGUUAAGCGUGAACGUCAAGGGUGUGUAUUUCACUUGCCAAAUGGCUGCGCAGGCUAUGAUCAAACCCAGCCUGGACCCUGGCGAGCCGACUUCGACGAACAGCCUAAGCAACGGGAACACGACCCAGGACCAGAACCCGAGCCCGAGGAAAAGCAAAAGCAUCAUCGUCAUCGCGAGCACCAUCUCCCACGGUGCGAUCCGCACGCACAACUCGAGCAUCUACGCCGUGACCAAGGCGGCCGUCAAGGGCAUGGUCCCCGAAAUCGCCAAGGAACUGGCACAGCAGGGCAUCCGGAUCAACUCCCUCAGCCCCGGCUUCACCCUGUCCAAGAUGACCGAGGGCUACCCGGACCUGAUCCGGCAGUGGAAGAGGGAGACCAUGUUGGGCUUCAUCGGCGUGCCCGAAGACUAUGCCGGUGCGGCCCUCUACCUCGCCAGCAACGCGAGCAGGUAUGUCACGGGCCAAGAUUUUUUGGUGGAUGGGGGGUCGACGAAGUGGUGA